AUGGGUAUGGGGUCGGUGAAAUGGAUCACUGGGCGAGAUGGGCUCGCGGUAUUGUCCUGUAACUGUAAUGUGUACUGGAAUCCCUGGCUUGAGCCACACAAGACUCAAUUCAGCUGCUGGUCGCAGUUGGUCGGAACGGCAGAACCGAUGAGGGAGGAUUCUGCUGUUGACAAUAAUAGAGGGAAAGGGGGUGAAAGAAGGGGGGGGGGUGUUAAGAAGAGGAGGAGUGAAGGAGAGAUUGAUGAUUAUGGCAGCAUGACAAGAGGGUAUGGUAUGUAAGGGGUGGAGGAGAAAUUAAAAAGGGAUCG